AUGCGAGUGAGGGAGGCGCGGCCCUGCAGGGAAGGGUGGAGAUGCAUGAUGUGUGUAUGUCAGCAUUAGCCGUGCGCAAGCGUGUGCACGUGUAUGAAUUUGUGUGUGUGAGCUCGUGCAGGGAGGAAAAAGGGGACAGGACAUGAGCGCACAUUGCGAGAGCGGCUCUUUUUACUCGGCGUGAUCAUUUCACGCUUCCCCCCGAAGCCUUUUUUCCACCUAAAGCGUUUAGUUGCAGCUGACUGAACACUUGCAGGGUGUGCAAGAGGGAGCGGAAGGGUCGAAUUAUUUCAGCCUACAAGUCGCCCCAAAAAGUACUGUAGGACGAAAGGGGGGAAAAGGGGGGAGAGGAAAACUGUGCCAGGGAGUGAGAGAGAAAGAGGGGGAGAGAGAGAGAGAGAGAGGGGAAGAGAGGGAGAGGUAGACACCGGAAAAAGUUUUUGUGCUUUUCCUUUUUUUUUUUUUUCUUCCCGUUAUCGCCUCCCCCUGUUCUAACCGGGCAACAUGGAUCAGGGGCCCAAGAGUCCUUCGCUGCGGCUGGGGAGAGCAGGACAUGGCGGAGUGAACCAGCUCGGAGGUGUGUUUGUGAACGGCAGGCCCCUCCCAGAUGUUGUGCGACAGCGAAUAGUAGAACUCGCCCACCAAGGAGUUCGACCCUGCGACAUCUCACGGCAGCUGCGAGUCAGCCAUGGAUGUGUCAGCAAGAUACUGGGCAGGUACUAUGAAACGGGCAGUAUCCGCCCCGGGGUAAUCGGGGGAUCCAAACCAAAGGUUGCUACUCCCAAAGUGGUCGACAAGAUCGCCGAUUACAAACGCCAAAACCCCACCAUGUUUGCCUGGGAGAUCCGGGACCGGCUCCUCGCCGAGAGAGUGUGCGACAACGACAGCGUCCCCAGUGUCAGCUCCAUCAACAGGAUCAUUCGGACAAAGGUUCAGCAGCCGGGCCAACCUGGCUCAGUGUCGGCUCACAACUUAGCGACAUCGGUGGCUGCCACACAGGUGUCAGGAGUGACCAGCGACUCAGCCGGCUCGUCGUACUCCAUCAGCGGCAUUCUGGGAAUCAGCUCGGCUGCCGACGUGGGCAAGAGGAAGAGGGACGACGGUUUGCAGGAAUCACCGCUGGCCAACGGGCACAGCCACAGUGGGCGGGACUUCCUCAGGAAGCAGAUGAGAGGGGAGCUGUUCUCGCCGCAGCAGAUCGAGACGUCGGACUAUUCAGCCAUGGCCUCGCUCGCAGGUGGACUGGAUGAGAUGAAGAACAGUUUGGCCAAUCCCGGUUCGGGGGCGGAGCUAGGAGCCAGCGUGUCCGGUCCACAGUCCUAUUCACUCGUUCCAGGUCGAGACCUAGCCAGCACCACUCUACCAGGCUACCCUCCACAUGUUCCUCCAACUGGACAGGGCAGCUACUCCACCCCCUCCCUCACUGGCAUGGUACCUGGGGGAGAUUUUUCCGGAAGUCCUUAUUCCCAUCCCCAGUACUCCACGUACAAUGAAUCGUGGAGAUUUCCAAACCCCAGUUUAUUAGUGUUUCAGCAGGAUUAUGGGUCUCUCCUGGGGACGGAAAUCGGCUGCUCCUCCAGUCUCUUCACCAGCCAGGCGGGACAGAUGCAAGGGUCACCGUACUACUACGGAGCAACAUCACGGGGCGCGGGCCCUGCUGCCACUGCAACAGCCUCCGCAUACGACCGCCACUGACCCCUCCUACAGAGAGAAGAGGAGGAUGAGGAGAGGGAUACAAGGGAGGGAGGAAGGGAGGGGACGGAUAGCACCAGCUUCGCUCAGUCACAAAAAAAAAACUGCCUGCCUAAGUGCAAAAUGAGGAUGAAGAUUUCAAUUAUAUGACGUCAGUAAAGUUCACAUUUUCUUUAUAUGACACUCAAACCAACACUUUGCAUAACUUAAUGUGAGGAACUAGGCAUGGCAGAGACAAAUAACGGAUGAUAAGAAGAAAUGUUCACCCUCCCACAAUGCAACAAGGCAUGUUAUCCCCAUUUUCUUUUGAAACAAUCAUCUACUAAUCCAAGAAGUCAGCAGAGCAGUGACAGAAACUGUAUUGUGAUUUUCUGGGUAAAACAAAGUGUUUUCAGUUAUUUGUGAUUAAAUUCUUUGAGCUGAUUCAAAAAAAAAAAAAAGAAACACUCAUUCAAGCAGUCUUUUAUGCCCCCCCCCCCCCCACAUCAAUCAAUCAAUUUUCUAUGCCAUGCUGAGGUGAAGUAAAGACAAUCCAAUUUUCAUAACUCUUAAUGACCAAAAUCCUCCACAUCAUUGUCAUUCUAGUCUCUUUGAUUUUGAUUUCACACUUUUACCCUGACGUCACAAUGCUUUAUACUUUGGGAGUGUUCAGUUCAACCACUGACCGUUUGCUGAGCGUCCUUUAUUCAGCUUAAUGAUGCUAGGCCUGUCAAGCUUAUCUACCUUACACAGCGCCACAGUGAUUACUGCUUACUGUGGCAGAUUUACAAUCCAAACUGUAAUCAUGUUUGAAACCUUUAAUCCAUUAUUUCAGACAGACGAUGACAUAGACAGCCUCUUCAUUUCUUGGUGUUACCAACUUACAUGUUGACUGAAGUGAUAUUCAUCUAUGGGAAUUUUAUCACUGUCAGCUAGCUAGCAAAUGAGGCUAACCUGGCUUAAAUACAUAUCCACGUUUUUAAAGAGUCUGUUUACAUUCAUACAAAAAGAACAGCAUUAGGGCUAACAAAUCCUUGCUGCUUUGAUAGACAUGCUAAUAUUUGUAGCUUACCUUAAACCAAAUCCACUCAUGGAAAUGUGCGCUGCAGUUUGCCCUAUCUUGCUGAUAGUUUGAUGAGCACAAAUCAGGACAUCCAUUCACUAUUUGUGUGUGUGUGUGUGACAUUUACAACAUGUAUUUUUAAAUGAACAGUAGCCUUAAAACAUGGAUGUACUGACGUCACCUCCUGGUAGCUUCAGUCUAUAAAUAUUACACACAAAAAAAGCACCCCCCCCCCCGUGUUACAUGAACUUUUCAGACCAAAAUCAUUUUGGAAGCAGGCUGUAAAUAUUUUUAUUUCUGCUGUCAAAAGACAGGUUUUUCAAGAUGUUAGUGAGUGUGACGUCCAGAGGUCUGCAGCCCAGCCUCAGCUGCUCACAGUAGGAACCAUAGUUUGUUGCACUUCUGCGCUCGCUCCGUGUUAUUUUUAACUCCAGAUGUUGGCAGCUUGGCAAUUUUUUUUUUUUACAUGUCCAGCCUGUUGUGUCUACCACAUCUUUUCCUAAAACACAAGUGCACAAGCCUUUUCUAAAUCUGGUCCAUAUUUUAGUUUUUGCGCUUCUGUUUCCAAAGAAAGGCGACAACAUAAGACAUCACUCUACAUGAUGUAUGAAAGCUUGACGGGCCUGCAUCGCUGACUUAUUGUCUCUAAAACUGUAAAUCAUUGUCAUUGUUUUGGGAUGUGCUGAAGCAAAUGGUAAAUUUCAGUGGUUGUUGAAGUACCCCAAUGUGUUUCCCCCCGUUUUGAAUCCUUUAUUCUCACUUGUUCACUUCCAUUUGAAGUGAUUUAAAUGCUCUGGACUGACGGACAUGCCUUUCAGUGAAGCACAGCCAUGAAUCUGGGCUCCCCGCUGUUCAAAACAAACGGCAACCAAGUUCACAUCAGACCAAACGCAAAAUCCAACAGGGAGUGUUUUUGUACAUGAAGGUGCUAUCCUCCCUCCCCGGCCAAGACUUAAGUCGUGAUCAAGAGCUAUUUAUGGUGGAGGAGACAGAGUAAUAUAUUAAGAAGCUUUUCCGCGCUGCACUCCGGUGUGAGAGUGAAUGCCUGUAAUGAUUUAUAAUAUGUGUCACGCUGUUGUGCUAGAGUAGUGAUGAUGAUGAUGAUGAUGACGAUGCAGUGAAAAAUGAAAUCUUAAAAACUGUCAAUAUGGAAAGAAGUCCUUGUUUAUGAAUAUGAGGCGACUGCGAUUUUCCUCUUAAUGGUUUGUCGCCUGGUUUCAGUCGACACGGGUGCCACUGAGUAAAACGCCAUUUUUUUCCUGCUUCCUGUUAUAAAAAAAUAAAAAAAAGAAGAGUCAGGACACGGUGGCACCCUCUCUUUUCUCGCUCUCUCUCGCUCUCUUUCUAUUUCUCUCUUUAAACUCCCCAAAGAUGGGCCCCCCCUAGUGGAUCGGCUGACUUACUACAAAAGCACAAAGAGACUCAAUCAUCAUUUAAAAGGCGCCAUAUUCGUUUUUUUUGACUUCCUUUCAGAACCAUCAAGUACUUUUUUCUUCUUCUUCUUUUAUCAUUUUGAGUGCUUGUCCUUGUGCUGUUUGACAUCCUGAAACUAUUUCUAUAAAAGCAUUGCUUUCAUGAAAACACACAAACAAGUGAAACGGUUUGUUUUUUUUGUUGUUCGUCUCCUGCAUAAGUUCUGCGCUGUGACAAUGUAUGACACCGGGGUCGAGGCCUUACCCAUCCAUGUACAGACAGCGUGGGACAGAUUUGCCCUCGAGCACUGAUCUGGAAUCAGUGUGUUAUCCUCUCUCAGAUGUUUGCGGGGCCCACAGUGUUGAUCUUGCGAGGGGGCAAUAUCUUCCUAAACCUGUACAUAGCUUCCUGUCUCACUUCUGUCCAUACCAGAUUUGUACAAUAAUCAGUGAACGAGAAGAGUAUUCACAAUGUCGAUAGAAAAAUCACAUUUGAAUUUAGAAUCUAGUGAUGAAGCUUUCUUUACCAUAAAAAGACGAAGAGGUGUGUGGUGUUGUCUUAGCCAUCGUCUGCAAGUGUUUACACAUUUUCUGUCCCUUCCUUUGUUUUUUGGGAUGUGUGUGGCUGACUGUAGCGCAUCACUGCUGCCGUGUAGUUUUUACUUAGACGCCCAGGUUGGAGGCACCGAAAUCUGCAGCGUGAGACUUUAAAUAUAGUUCUAUAAACACAAACCUAUAAACACAGAACAGAGCUGUUAGUUUUUCAAUCUUUGUUGUUUCUGGGUUUUUGAAGUAGUGAUGAAGUGGAUCCUUUUACAUUUGUAGACUUUAAAAAAAAAAAAAAAAAAAGUUGUGUGCACACAACCCUAAAGAAGAUUCUACUGACGGCUCGCCUGCUGUGCUGCCAGCGCGCUCCGCAGCAGGAGCCUUUUCCUUAUUUCUGUCUUUCUCUCUUUGAUCUUUCUGAGGCAUUAUUGAACCUGAACCACACCAGCUGAAAACAAGGACAGUGCCUUUAGUUUUAUAUAUGUCAACACCCCCGACUGACCAUGGAUCAUUCAAACGUAUUCAGCGCCCCUCCCGUGCAACUCUCAAAAUGUAACUUUGUCUAUCAUGCAUACACAGGGCUUUAGAUGAUAUGAAGUCUAAAACAAGUUACUUCAAUGCCAAUUCUAAAUUAUUAUUUACAUACUUUACCAACAGAAACAAUGUGGCUCUGAAAGCAGGAAAUAUACUCGAUCAAAGCGCCCAAAUUUUCAAACCGCCGCCACUCAGCUGGAUGUUUCCCAGAACUCGUCAGUCACAUACUUCUAAUUUGGUAUUUUGAUUGUGUUGAAAUCCCACUUGAGUGAAAAUCCUUCAGCAAUCUCCUCAUACAUAUACAAUAAACAAACGCCUGGUGACAAAAAACAAACAAACAAACAAAAUAUCAUUUAAAAAAGAGAUCUAUUUCAUUAGAGCUGAUAUGAGCCGUGUAAAGUCAAAUAAGAUGAAGGACUCCUUUUCUCUGUUAUCAACUGGGCAUGCUCAGUGCUGCGGCUGAGAGCGUGAAGAAUUCAGUUGUAAUUGUUAGAAUUGCUGUCAUAUCAUUUCCAGCCACAAGUGGCAGCACUGAGCAACCCGUUCAGACACCAAGGAAGGAGCCUUGCCUUCGAGAAAACGUUCCUCUUUGUAAAGUUUUUAACAACUACUUCUCAGUUUGGGAUACAACAUUCAUGGUCCCAAAGUUUGGUGCUCCUCUGACUUUUCUUCUCGCACCAUCAUCAUUUCAGAUUCUUUAUAAUACAGUGAAUAGAUACGACAAAGGCUACUAAAAAGCAAACAACCAUGGCCCCCAGAAGAUGUGCCCUUUUGAUUUGGUAAUCCUCACACUUAUCCCUCGGGUGCUACCACAAGGUUAGCAUGUGGUUUAAAAUGAAAUAUCUCAAAAAGUGUGAAAACGCAUUCUCUACAUCGACCCUCCUGGAGCUGGCUGUCUGCAAAAGUUCUUAUCACGCCCACACUUUGGUUUGAGCAAAGCUAAGAUGUUCUUGAUGUUGUUCUCAGCCCUGAAUCAUAGAGUUUAUAAAACGUGGACGUAUUCUCAUUGACAUCACCCAUUGGUUCCUGAAGAGGCGCCAUGAAGCCCAACGAUGGCAGUCGACAUAUUUGAAACGCAGGCUAAGAGCGGGAGUUAAGGCGGGCCUCCACUUGUCUGUCAACUCAGCUGCACCCUAAUUCUGCAAAUAUACCAAUGACUCUGAGACUUAAUAAACAUAUAAAUGGAUAAGUUUACCCAUACAGUAUCUAACAAUAAGGAAAUUAGUUUUUGAUACAAGAUUCAUUUUUGAACCAGGCUGUAAACAUGUUCAUGUCUGCUGUCAAAUUAAGAUUUUGAACAUGGGUUUUAAUGGGGCUUCUGCAGCCAGUCUCAAGUGGACACUCGAGGAACAAAUGUUUUUUUUUUUUUUACACUUCUGCAUUGGCUUCAUUUUUUCACACUGGAGGUUGAGGCUUGCUCUGAGUCUACGUGGCCGUCUGAUGUAUUUUCUCCAGCUUAACUAAACCUUAAAAAGGGCUUCCUUCGUACCAUCCUCAUCCUAAAGUCAUUUAUUUUGGACGUUCUUCUCAAGCUGAUCUCUGACUGAAAUGUUUAAGAUCAUCAGAGUAAUAACAUGAUGAGCAGCUCUGGAUCGAGGCUGAACGAGACCCAUAGCUUGACAAGGAGUGAAAACAGAAAACAUCUGAAAAAAGAAACGCAGCAGAAUACUUAAAAGGCUCUUCAUUGAAAUUGCGUCUAAUUCAACUACAGCAUCCUAAAAAAUGUAUUGCAUCGUUUUUACAAACACAUGCUGACACAUAUCUAUGUGAACUUGAAGAAAUAUUGAUUAAAGUCGUUCUCCUUGAGGAAGAGUCCGCUCACAAGAAGCAAUGACACCAAACCCUGCGUAUUGACGCCCGUUCUCUCAGAAUCCAGUGAAACAUUAACAGGAUUAUUUGUUAACUAUACAUCUCGCAGUGACACACAGCUCGCCUUAACAUUGCUUUGACCUAAUUGGUUCACAUGUGGAGAGGAUGAGUUCCCAUUGGCCGGCAGUUGUUUCGAUUGGCGGCCGUGACAUUGACUGCAGCGACGAGGGGGGGGGGGACUGUCAUUGUGGGUGGUACUGUAGGAAGCACACACACACACACACACACACACACACACACACACACACACACACACACACACACACACACACACAUAAAUAUAAGUACAGACACUCUCUCUCUCCCUCCCUUUGUCCUUUGUGGAGUGUCGAUCGCCCCCCCCCCUCAUGCCCCCGUGUUCCCCAGGGGAGGCCAAACCUGCUGUGCCAUCAGAAGCUCACUCCGUCUUUCUUCUCCCCCUCCCUCGGCCCUAAUCUCAUCAUAUCUCAAGCUCCCAUCUCUCCCCCCCCCCAUAGAACUGCCACACCACCAGGAUUAGGGAAUAUUAAAAGUAUUCUGUUGAUUUCAGGCCUGUGACCUUCCUCAAAAAGCCCUCCCUCGUUCUUCAGACAGCCUUAUUAAUCAUUUUCUUUUCCUCCCCUCUCCUUUUCUUACUUUUCUCUCUGACUAUUCAGACGUGAUGCUCACUGUCCUGUCAGAAAUCCUGCAUAGGAAUGAAGCAGGGUGUUUUGUGCCAAAGUGAGGUCAUUUCAAUGGCAAUAUUGCUGGUGGUAGCUAUAUUUGGCCAGGAAUAUUCUGUGAGAUUGCAUCUGGAAUUCCUUUUUUUCUCAUGCUGAUUCUUGAAAGUGUAGGAAACACAAGUUUCAGAUCAAACAGGGGCAUUUCAUCUCCAUCUUUUCUACAGUUUACUGUCCAUGAAAAUACAAUUGCAUCCUGAAUUGUUAUCCCAGCUCCAAGUCAAAUAGGACGCUGAAAUAAAUGCAAAUGAGUUUUUUUUGUUGUUUUUUUUUUUUUGCUUUAUUGUGAUUUCUCAGCGAGCGUGCACCGCCUGACUGUAUCUCAAUAUGAAUCCAUAAAGAUGGCUACUGCCUCGGUGAAACCUGAGGGGAUUUCAGCAUCACAUCUUGACAGCAAUUAGUGGCACAAUCUGUUUCAUGCUCGCUGAUAUAACUAGGCUCUGGACAGAUCUCAUACUGAAGUGAUACAAUGUUCUGUACAUCUUAAUAUUAUUCAACUGUGGAAGAGGAGACAUACACAGGACUCAGCCUACAAGAAUCAACUGUGCUUUUUUUAAGCAGAUGUUUCAAUCAAAAAAAAAAAAAAAAAGAAAUAGACAACAUGAUUUUUCACCUUACUGUGGCCUUUCGUGUAACAAUCUGGAGUUUUUUUGUGUCCAUGGCUUCCUAUCUGGGGUGUAAAAGAGAUAUUUAUAUCUGUAAUGUUUUGGUAAAAAAAUCAAAUAAUGAGCAUACAAAAGACGGAUAGAAAAACACCAGAGCGCAAAGAUGAAAGUAGGUUUUUAACAAUUCUUCAAAAAUCCAACGCGAACAAAAAGAAAACAUAUCUGUAACAUUCACCAAAGCCUGUGAUGCCUGUUUUAAAUGAUAGAUUCUUGUACAAAAUAAAAAGGUAUAAAAUAGCAGAAAAGACUUACAGAUACAAACACAAAGUGAAGAUAAGAAAUGCCUUCAAAUAUUCUGGAGGGGGGGAGGAUUUAAAAAAAUAAAAAAAAGUAAAAGAAAAGCUUCUUUAAGAAAAUGUGUAUGUUUUUUAUUCAAUUUUCUAGUAGUUGCAAACAAAACUUGGUGUUUUUUCUCUUUGUGUGUUGUGUGUUGUCUUAAUAUUUGAAUGUAUUUUACUGCAGUGCGAAUUUGCCAAAGAUAUCAUAUCACUUGAUUCCUCUCUUUUUUUUUUUCCAUUUUCUUUUUCUUUUUGUUUCUGAUUCUGUUCAGAGAACUGGAAAUAAAUUGUGAAUUUGAUGUUCUGGUUAUUUUUCAUAAUUCUAUUGUUGAUAUUAUUGUUAUUUUAUUUCCUGGGUUUCUGUGAAAUAUUAAAUUUGCAGUUUGCUUGAUGCAUCUCCUCAUACUCGGUCUGUGUACCUGUCCACCCGUCCACCUGAGUGACUGUUGUUGGUGAAUUUAUUCCAUUUAUGUACCUGUAAUGUGAAGCUAAGAAGUAAUUAUUUGUAAAUAUUUGCCAUAAUUUUAUUGGUCCUUCAGAAUAAAAAAUAAUUUUUUGGA